ACUCCAGUUCCCAUGUGUGUUUUAUGCAGUUGACAAGACUGUUUACGAAAGGAACUACAAGAAAUCCGUCUCGUAACUGUAUUGAAUACAAGAAAAAAUGUCUUCUAAACCAAGUCAGGAGUUAGUCAGUCUUUUCAAGGAACUCAGAGAAAAAGCUCAAAAAUCUGGCGUCUGUACAGAAGACAUAAAGAACGAGUUCAAAAGAGGUGUUAAAAGUCGACCAAGAAAGACAAGCUCCAAAAUAACCCUCUUUAUAGUGUUCUUCAUUAUUCCUGUAGCUCUUGGUAUUGGAGGUUAUUUUUCUUCUCGAUACCUCAUGGAUCUUUGGAAGGAUGAUUUAUGCCUCUUAAAUGUUAAUGAAAUUUUCAACGAGGUCGCUCGAAAGCCAACAAACUGUUCACUAAUGUGCGAAGGACAAACAGAAGUUCCUCGACUUUCUGGACUUACAAGGCACAAUUUUAUCGAAAAUUACGCUUACAAUGGUCGCCCUUUAGUCGUUACUGAUGCAGCUAAGAACUGGUCAGCUCUAGAAGUCUUCAACUUUUCGUUUUUUAAGCAACUUUACGAUAGGAAUAAUGGGUCGUACGAAGUUAAUGAAGAAGAAUGCCAAUUCUUUCCGUACAAAACCAAUUUCAGUUCACUUCGCGAAGCCUUUAAUAUGCCCAAAGAGAGAGCUGAACUUAAAACUGAGCCUUGGUACUUUGGAUGAUUGAUAGUGUCGAGCGUCCCUCUUGGCAAGCACAACUGUCAGGRACUAAAGUAUGGACUCUCAUCCCACCACCAGAAUGUGAACAUGUCUGUUCUACCCUCAAGGCUCAAGUUAACAAAGGAGAAGUCAUCAUCGUCGACACAAACCAAUGGUUCCAUAAGACAGAGGUUCUUCCUGGAGACAUUAGCAUAACAAUAGGAGCAGAGUUUGAUUAAACUACAUCAAAAUUAAUGCUAGAUUUAGGGAUCGCUGAUGGAGGUCAAAACGAUGGUCCAUGGUAGAUAUAGUUUUUACUCCAGUGGAUUUGAUCUAUCAUUGUCUACUAACAUACCACAAGAAACCAACACAAUGUUUCCAGAAAAGUACCAAAGGCAUUCAAAAAAAGAUUAAAUACGAAGUAUUUUAUUAAUAAUGAUAAUAAUAUUAAUGGUAGUAGCUUAGCCUGUCAUUUUAUGCAAAGAAAAUUUAAAGCUAUGAACUUAUAAUAUACCAGUAGUCCUAUUAAUAUACCAUACACCCAACAUAAAUUAAUAUAAACAUAGAUUUGAAAUGUUGCUAUAGCAACAGUAACUAUGGCAACAUCAAGCAAGGCAACUAGAUAGAAGACCAGUGAUAUUGCUACUAUUUUUGAUGCUGUUUCUGAUUGUUAUUAGCUUGACUUGAUGUAAGGAGCCUACGUGUAGAUGGAAUAAAACCCCAGUCAGAAAUAAAAGCAGGUUCAACUGCACACAGAUUAGAGAUUAAAAAAAUUAAACAACGAA